UUAAAGUCCUUCUCUUUGAUCUCUCUCACUUCACUGUGAUCCAUCAAACCCUCUUAGAUUCUUUUUCUUGUUAGGUUGAUUAUCCAAAGCAAAUCCCAUUUCUGAAACCCCAAAUAAACCAGAAUGUCAUAGGAAUCCAGUCCAACCCAACUACCUAAAUCUAUUUUACUGUUUAUUGACCACCCAAAUUAUAGAUUCCUGAUCUCCUAUUCUAGAGGAAAUCGCUUCCUGUAGUCUAAAAUGUUGUUUAAAUUGCGGUUCAAGAGAAAGGGAUUCAUGCUUCUUUAACAUCACUGUUCCAUUGAGAUCACCCAAGUCUCCAAAUUUUGUCAAUUUAGAUCAACCCAUCUCCUCAAAUUUUCUGAAAAAUGUCAGCUUCCAAUUUAAGGACUCCUUUAAACCCUCCAUCAUCAGUAUCCUCAUCCUCAUUGAAGCUUCCUGAUUUCAAACAAUCCGUGAAGCUGAAGUAUGUGAAGCUUGGCUACCAUUACCUCAUCACCCAUGGGAUGUACCUGUUCCUAUCCCCUCUAUUUGUUCUCACUGUGGCACAGCUCUCUACAUUUUCACUCCAAGAUCUCCAUGACCUUUGGGACCAUCUCAGGUUCAAUCUCAUAUCUGUUGUCCUUUGCUCAACUCUUUUGGUCUUCUUAUUGACCCUUUAUUUCCUUACUCGUCCACGCCCCGUUUACCUUGUUGAUUUCUCAUGCUAUAAGCCGGAGGAUGCCCGAAAAUGCCCGAGACAAAUAUUCAUGGAUAGGUCUCAUUUUAUAGGAACAUUCACUGGGGAGAACCUCGAGUUUCAACGAAAAAUUCUUGAGAGAUCAGGUCUUGGGGAGUCAACCUACCUCCCUGAAGCUGUUAUACAGGUUCCUCCUAAUCCAUGUAUGGCAGAGGCCAGAAAAGAAGCUGAGAUGGUAAUGUUUGGUGCCCUUGAUCAGCUCUUUGAGAAAACUUCUAUAAAACCAAAAGACAUUGGUAUUCUGAUUGUAAAUUGUAGCUUGUUUAAUCCAACACCAUCUUUGUCAGCUAUGGUUAUCAAUCAUUAUAAGCUACGAGGGAAUAUUAUUAGUUAUAAUCUUGGUGGGAUGGGAUGUAGUGCUGGCUUGAUCUCGAUUGAUCUUGCUAAAGAUCUUCUUCGAGUCCACCCCAAUACCUAUGCUUUGGUCAUUAGCAUGGAAAACAUCACUUUGAAUUGGUAUUUUGGGAAUGAUAGAUCAAUGCUUGUUUCAAACUGCUUGUUUAGAAUGGGAGGAGCUGUAAUAUUGCUUUCAAACAAUGAGUCUGACAGACGUCGAUCCAAGUACCAACUGGUUCAUACUGUUCGAACCCACAAAGGUGCCGAUGACAAGUGCUUCUCAUGUGUAACCCAAAAAGAGGAUUUUGCAGGGAAAAUUGGAGUUUCUCUGUCAAAAGAUCUUAUGGCAGUUGCUGGAGAUGCUUUGAAGACCAACAUCACUACCUUGGGUCCUCUUGUGUUACCUAUGUCUGAACAGUUGCUCUUCUUUGCCACACUUGUUGGGAGAAAGCUUUUCAAGAUGAAGGUGAAGCCUUACAUCCCUGAUUUUAAAUUAGCUUUUGAACAUUUCUGCAUUCAUGCCGGAGGAAGAGCUGUGCUGGAUGAAUUGGAGAAGAACUUGCAGCUUUCGGAUCGCCACAUGGAGCCGUCAAGGAUGACACUUUACAGAUUUGGCAACACUUCAAGCAGCUCUCUUUGGUAUGAAUUGGCUUAUACAGAAGCCAAGGGGAGGAUGAAAAAGGGAGACAGAACUUGGCAGAUUGCGUUCGGGUCUGGCUUCAAGUGCAACAGUGCAGUUUGGAAGGCUUUGAGAACUGUGAAUCCAGCAAAAGAGAAGAAUCCAUGGAUGGAUGAGAUCCACCAGUUCCCAGUGGAUGUUCCAAAGGUCUCAGCCCUCUAAUUCCAGUGGCAGUUUCCCAUUUCUUCUAGCAAUAUAAAAUAUAUUAGGGGUAGCUAGUUUUCUGUUUCACUGCUACAAUCUUCAUGUUUGGCUUUAAUGGAGUUACUGUUUGGCUUUAGUUAUUAGGAGAGGAGAUAGAUGGUGUUAGUGUUUGGUUUACAGUGUAUCCAUGUGGUUUUGACUUGUGAUUAUAUACCUAAUUAAUCGGCUGUUUGUUUUAUUAUGGUAUUUUUCUUGUAGGUUUGAGUGUUUUAUGCUGUUUGGUGAUCCAUAAACUGGGAUUAAUAUCCAAUGAGAA